AUGGCUACCGAUCACAUUUCGAAGCCUACCGAGGCUGAUGCCCUGAUCCUUGAAGCAUGGGGCCAGGGUCUGAUGGUUGGAAGUCUACUCAUUAUGGCCGCUAUCACUCUUGCCAAUAUGAAGUCACAUAUUCUCUUGCACAAGCUGAUCUUUGCUGAGCUCAUCCUGGCUAUGGCCCAUGGUACUUUCAUCUUCCCUCACGAGCCCGUCUACGGCUGGUAUCUAUCCGUGACCGCGAUCGGUCUCAACAUCUCCUGGGCCCUGCAUAAUGUUAUCGCCUGGAUGAAGAACCGCCCAUUCCUAUCGCGAAAGGUCUCGAUCAUCUACAUUGCCACUGUUGUUCUCUGCUGGCCCUAUUGGGGUCUGGAGAUCUAUGCGAACUUCACAUACUUCAACAAUAUCAAUAAGAUUUUCCUGACGACCAGGCCAAUGGAGCCACUAUUUCGCGACCCGUGGUGGAUCUUCACAACGGCCAGCCUGUUCUGGACGAUCAAGCGCGAAUACAACUUCGGAUUAUGGGAACUAGUAAUAGUCAGCCCACGUUUCGGAAUCAUGCUGGCGGCAAUGUGUCUGUCGAUUAUUUUCAUGAUUAUCGAUACCUGCAGCGUGCUCAAUGCCUUUUCCAGCAUGCUUCCAACAGGUGUUGAGCCGUUCUGGAAACUAUCUUUCAUUUUCAAAUGUCUCUGCGACACGGUCAUUCUCGACGACUUCAAGACGGCACUCGACCACUUGCGCGUACACUGGAUGCGCAAGAAGAACGGCGAGUUAUUCGUCACCCCGCUCGCUACUCCGAACUCAAGCCCUCGUGCGCACAGGACACGCAGGGAUAUUGAGACUGGCGAUCCCAAUUCACCUACUACCCCUACGAAGGGAUCUUACGCACGCGCGGUGCAUUUGGACAACGUUUAG